CUGAAGUAAUCGAAGAAAUUUGAAGUCUACUUUUAGAACAAGCAUGCUUGCGUGAUUAAAGUUACAUGACAGCAAUCUAGUACAACUGGAAAUCCAAUGGGGAAAUGACCCGGGUGGGGGGUGGCAACGGAUAUCAACCGUGGAGAGGCAGUAGAACGAGAAACGCCUACUUCUCCCAUCUAAUUAUACCACAGGCUUCAGAACAAUUGCAUACGAAAAUCUUUUGACUCCUUACCAGACAAUACUGAAACUUGCAACAGGACUCCAAUUGAAAGCAACGAGAACGAAAACAAAGUCAUUAACAUGCUCGUGAGGCACCCAAACUCCAUUAUGCAAACCGUAUAUACGUCAAGUAGCCGUCCAAUCCAUCACAUCAUCCCAAACCACCUCAUUCACCACCUGCGGCGUACUGACCACCCACGGCUGGUUAUUGUCCCUCGGCGUACUCAACACUCCGGGCCAACUCUCCUGACUCACCAACCUAGGCGUAUUCCCCAGCUGCGGCGCCUCCCUCGGUGUGCUCAACGUCUGCGGCCAGGUCUCCUGACUGAUCAACCGUGGCGUAUUCCUUGGUGCGCUUCUCUUAUACGCACAUUUGCCUAUCGGACAAGAAUAGAACAUCCCAUCCUCGUCUCUCCUGCUGGAAACUCGGCUAGUGAACCCGCAUCUGCAAACCGGGUUCCCGUCUAUAAUGCCAAUGCUGUCGUCGAAUGUGAUGAAGUAGCCGGUGUCUUGCUCGUGCGUGCCGGGACAGAUAUAGUAGGGCCGGCCGGCGUUGCCGAUAGGGUUAUUGCGGCGGACGUCAGGGCGCAUCCCGGGACAGGAGCAGGUUUGGCAUGUUGGGGGUAUGGAGAGGGGGAAGGUUGGUUGAGGAGUUUGUGUUUGCAUUGGAGGGUUUGGAAAGGUGAUCGAUGGGGCGAGGCUGGGUGAUUGGUAGAGCAGAAGAGUGCUUGAUAGCUCUAAUCUGACUUAUUAGCUAGCUUCUGGUGCAAAACUGUGGACAAUUGGAGCAUACUUGGCUUUGAUUUAUCUGAUUCGAGGCGGUAAUGAUUGAAAAGGAGAAUUGAGGUCUGCCGUUGGACAAAGUAUGCUUGCGUGAUUUGGGUUACAUAGGCGCGUACCGCCCAAGUGCGGCUGAGCACCCCCUGUAAUUGGUAGCCUCGUACGUAUCGGC